AUAGUUUUGGUAAUCCCCUAUUUAAAAUGUCGCAAAAUAUUUGUGGGGUUAACAUGAUAGAAUUGCGGCGGUUGCUAAGAUACUUCUUAUAUAUAUAUAAAAAAAAGCGAUAAAUAAACGAGAUCUGGAUCUGCACAAAAACAACAGCAAAAUGGCGCUCUCUUUGAAGGACGAGUUUCAUAAAAUAAACAUUUUUGGACGUACGCUAAAGUACUGUCUGAUUAAUGAAGUUUCAGCAGGUUUUCUAGACUGUGUUAGACAUCUAUUACUUUUAGAAGUAGGGCUUGAGAAGUAAAAUGAAAUUUUAUAUGUUUUUUAUCAUCUUUUGUCUAACCUUUGGUGCAAGGUAUGCAGUCCGCAAUUCUUUAACAUAUUUUACUCCUAGUCUCAGUGCUCCAAGUGAUGUACGAGUUUCUGAUUUUUCUAUAGUAAGUGGUCUUGUUAAAGCAGUUGUCAGAUGGAAUGCAUCUAAAGAACUGCCAUGCUCCUACGAGAUUUUUUGGUUCCCCUCUCUCAGUGACAGCCCAGUUGUGUCGCAAAAAGUUGCCUUGCCUUACAAUAUUUUAUCUGUGACCAUUCUCGAUCUCCCGUUCAACGUGAAUUACACGGUUCGCAUCACGCCCUUUGCAGAAGUAGAGACCGGGAAAAGUGAAAGCGCUGAAGCAUGGUUCCUCACACCCACAUGCUUGAACUUGACUGGGAAUAGUUUUAAUCUUUGUGCACCAAGUAAACCUUUAAAUGUAACUGCAUGUCUCAACUCUACAGACAUGUUAUUAAAUUGGUCACCACCAAGGUACACUUCACCCAAGAAUCCAGUGUCCGGCUACCGUAUCUUCGUCUUGGCAGAUGGCACAAAAUACAUUGAUUUCAAAGCCGUUAAAAGUGAAACUUUAAGUAUUUCCUUUCCUUUACUGAAUGAUUCUUUUGAGUAUAGUUUUGAAGUGCGAGCAGUCAGCAAAGGUGGAAUUGGAAGUGCUGCAUUUGCUGAAAUUAAAAUAAAAGAUACAACCAGUGCAUUGGGCCGUACUCUUUUGUUGAUUGCAAUUUGCUCAGUUGUUUUAUUUGGACUAGCCAUAUUCAUGCUCAAAUUGUUCAGGAAGAAGCCAAAGUGUGUGGGUUAUCCUUCUGGUGUUGCUGAUGUCCACCCUUCCAUGUUGCCCAUUCUAGUCUCUGCAGACAGAAUCAGACUGACCGCUGUCUUGGGAAGGGGAGCUUUUGGGGUCGUCCACAGGGGGGUGCUUAUGAGGGGGAGCAGGAAGAGUGAAGAGGAGGUGGUUGCAGUGAAAGUGUUACCUUCUUACAGCAGGAUGAGACAGCAGCUUCUGCACGAGGUGGAGAUGAUGCACAUUGUUGGCCGACACGAGAAGAUUGUCGGAUUGAUGGGAUUCUCACUUGACUUGGAGAAGACAUUCUUGAUCCUGGAAUAUUGCCCCAUGGGAGACCUGCAUUCUUACCUCGUUAGAAAAAAGCCAGAACUUUUGCGCAUGAAGAGUUUGCCCGCUAUAACACCUGUUGAAUACAGUAAAAUGUCUAUAAAAAAGCUCCACUUAGGAAAAAGAUUAUGUCUCUACAUUAAUCAAGUUGCUGAAGGAAUGGAAUAUAUUGCCAAUCUGAAACUGAUCCACAGGGACUUGGCAGCAAGAAAUAUCCUGAUGGUAGACAAGGAUCGUAUAAAGAUUGCUGAUUUCGGCCUCUCCAGAGAUGCCUAUGAGACGGGGUACUACCUGAGCAGCAUCGACUCCCGGAAGAAGCUGCCUGUCAAGUGGAUGGCACCAGAAGCCAUUGAGAAACAAAAGUUCAGCAGUCACUCUGACGUGUGGUCUUUUGGUGUAUUUAUGUGGGAAGUCUUCCGUUUUGGUAAAGAACCCUACCCAGGACUAUCAAAUGUAUUGGAGUUUUUAAAGAAUGGUUACAGAUUAGAAUGGCCAAAUUGCAGACAUGAAUGGUAUGACCUGAUGCUUGAAUGUUGGCAUGACAACCCUAGAAGAAGGCCCCCAUUCAAGGAACUUGUGAAACGCAUUACGACCAUCAUCAACACAAUGUAUCAUUAUGCCGUAUUCUUUUAAUGACAAAUGUUCCUCUACAUUGUUACGUUUUUUUGCAAUAAAUUUUUAACUGGAAAAAACUUAAUUUGUAAAUUAUGACGUUUAUAUCGACAAUGAUAUAACCUAUGAUUUUGACAAUUCAACUGCUUUCAACUAAAUUGGUGCUGAAAUAAUCAAAUUCUCGUUUUUAAGGCAAUACAGACUGUAUGUAAGAUUUUGCAUGUUGUCUGUAUAUUUUAACCUUGUUGUUGCAUGACUUCAGAAAAAUUAUUGUAAUUUGUUACUUUUUUUUGUAGUGAAAUGCUUUUUAUUAAUUUAUGUUAUUAAUAGUGAUUCAAUUGCACACAUAUAAUGUAAGGGAUUUUUUUUAUAUUUAAUUUGAAACUCUAUUAGUAAAGGAUUUCUUUAUAUUUAACGGAAAUAAAAGUAAUUUUAAGUUGCUAUAAAUUAAUUUGUUGAAAAGGGAAGAAAAAUUCAUAUUUGUGCUUGAAAGAAGAUUUUGUGAUAAGAACAAAUGAUUUUGCUCAUUUACAUCUAUAAAUAUUUUGAUGAUUAAACUCUACAAUUAAAAUAGCAUUUUGAUGUACAUUUAUUGAAUUAAAUUAUUUGUAUAUAUUUAAAACCUUAAUAAAUGAUUUAUAAAACCU